GAGUUUAGUAGUUCGUGUCAUGCGUUUGUACGGUAUUAUGUUGCGUUUUCUGUGUAAUAUCUAACUGCCUCGAAUGAAGUAGUUUGCCAAUGCCUUGUAGUGAUGCCAUAGUAACUGUUCGUAUAGUUAUUACAUCGGUUUAAUUUCAUUUAUUGGGCACAUUUGAAUGAUAAGUUUGUUCUACAUUUAAUUCUUGCAUCAUCUUUGGCGCCUCUGGUUAUGGUUUGAGAUAGCCUUAGAAUUUCUGGAUUAGGAGAGCACUCAUGGACUCCAAGGGAACUAGUUGGCUGAAGAAAGAGAACAAUGAAGUUUAUGCUGAACCAGACUCCUUGCUCUUAAAACUGGAGUCUGGUUUCUGUGAAAGUUGCAAACAAACUUGGGCUUCCUGUCUAUUUAUUCUGCUGCUGUCCAAAUUCCAAAGAGUGCAGUCAACUCCACAUUCUCAAAAGCAUUUCAGUAAAUCUGCAAAAGCUGUAAACACAAUUUUGUCUUUCUUUAACUCGUCUAAGUUUCUUCAAGAUCCACCAAGGAUUGUAAUGCCUAGUCUUCGUAUAAAGCAAGACCUAGAACUGAAACAGGAUUUAGAUGGCGUUGAGCAUGAUUGUCUUGAAGAUAAUUCGGUAAUCUCUCGGCCCAAUCAUUUUAUCAAGGAGGAUCCUGAACUAAAUUUGGAGGUGGCAGCCUCAAUAAGAAAUGCAUCUGAUAGUUUAAGUUUCAUUCAAAGUGCUGGUGACAGCUGUAACGUUUCGUAUCAAGAAGCAUUACAUCAAGGACUAGUCGAUGACGAUCUAGAGAUAGAUACAGAGAUGUCAACAGAUUUCAGUAUAUCUCAUAACUAUAGCAAGUUACGGACUUCACAAGAAGACAGCUUAUGUGGCACAAGAUUAAGUUGUAGCAACAGGGAAAAGGAAUUUCAUAAGUUUAACUGUAGUUUCUGCCUACAGAGCUUCCCUUCAAAAUACAGACUCAUUAUGCAUAUCUUCAUCCACAUUGAUGGUGUGCAGGCACCUGCAUAUGUGUGUAAGUCAUGUGGUGAGGUAUUGCCCACUGAUGACAGCUUGAAAGAACAUUUGAGAAUGAGUGAGGGCGACCAACCAUUAUCAGCUGUCAACAGUGAGAAACUUGAAUGCAGUGAUGACCAUGAAAACAACAUCUCCUUAGAAAGUGUACGAGAAGAAAUCGUGGAACAGACUGAGAAGCAAGCUUCAUCCAAGGAAACCAGGAAAACUUUAAGGAAAUCCUUUAGUGACAUAUGGAAUACACAUACUGUGACACAAGUUGCAGAGAAACUCAGAUGUGAUGACUAUGGAAUUAUGUGUACAAGUGAUCAUGUUAAUGUCCACACUGUGCUAAGUGCAAAGAGACAUCACAAAUGUGAUAUUUGUGGUAAAUUGUUUACUCGUUCGGGCAGUCUCAAGGUACACGAAUUAAUACACACGGGAAAGAGACCCCACAAAUGCCGUGUUUGUGGAAAAUCGUUUACUCAGUCGGGCAGUCUCAAGACACAUGAAUUAGUACAUACAGGAGAGAGACCCUACAAAUGUACUGUUUGUGGCAAAUCGUUUAUUGGUUUGGGGAAUUUCAAGGCACAUGAAUUAAUACACAUGGGAAAGAGACCCCACAAAUGCCGUGUUUGUGGAAAAUCGUUUACUCAGUCGAGCAGUCUGAAGACACAUGAAUUAAUACAUACAGGAGAGAGACCCUACAAAUGUACUGUUUGUGGCAAAUCGUUUAUUGGUUUGGGGAAUUUCAAGGCACAUGAAUUAAUACACACGGGAAAGAGACCGCACAAAUGCCGUGUUUGUGGAAAAUCGUUUACUCAGUCGGGCAGUCUCAAGAGGCAUUUGUUGACACACAUGGGAAGGAGACCCUACAAAUAUCGUGUUUGUGGUAAAUCGUUUCCUCAGUGGGGCAGUCUCAAGAAACAUGAAUUAAUACACACUGAACAGGGACCACACAAAGUCAAUGUUGGUGGCAAAUCGUUUUCAGAACUGGGUCAUCUAAAACCCAGAAAUUAAUACACGCAGGAAUGAGCCCCCACAAAUAUGAUACUUGCGGCAAAUAUUUUUCUCCCUCUGGUAAUCUCGAGAAAAUCAUUAGUACACACCGGUAAAUGACAACACAAAUGUAGUAUUUAUGGCAAAUUGUAUAAAAACUCGAGUAACCUCAAGAAACAGCUAUCACUACACACUGAAUAAAAGGCUACACAGAUGUGAUAUUUGCUGGGAAUCUUUUACUCCGGUCUAUCAUCUUUAGAAGCAUGCCAUAAUACGCAUUACAUAGAGACCACUUAAAGUAUUGUUGAGGUCUGUAGACUUACACAUGUUCAAAGGAGACCACAAGUGUGUUAUGAAUGUUGAUCGCAUGUGCUACAGAAAGGUCACAAAAAAGGACAAAUCCGUUUUCACAGCUUCAUGUUCAAAGAAGUUGCAUACUAAAUACAAUAUAUGAAGCACACAAUUGCAACUUUUUGUUGUAAAUGCUCCAUGCUAUAACGAUCUGUCUACCAGAAAUUGGUGCAUCGAGAGAUAUCUGUUACUUGUUUGAGUAGAAGUCCUAUGCAGUAAUCAGGACUCCAUAUUCUUCAAGAGAAUUUACCAGUAUGUUGCUAGUUAUUUGAAAGAACCUGCCAUUUCAAUAUUCAAGAAGCUGUAGGCAGUACCCAGGCGACAGCAUAAAUGUAUUUAUUACACAUCCAUCACUCAGGCUAUUUUUCUCAACGAUGGAGAAAGAUACAAAAAUAUCAUGAUUAUGCAUACACGUUACUGGGGUAUGGCUCCUUAAUAGUAAUGGUAUUUGUGUGAUCAAAGUUUGCACACAUGUGAACUAUCUGUGCUACUUCUACAUUAGGAAAUAACUGAUGGUGGCAAGUAUGCAGAGAUCAGGCAAAAAUUGUAAUCAUCUGCCUAGUAGCAUUUUGAUUCACCUUCAGACUGCAAUACAACAGUGCUUCUGUAUGGUAUGGACUCAUUAGUUCGCUGUUAGUUUUCCACUAGUAAAUUGGACUAUAUGUCUACACACGUCUCACACAGUUCCCAUUAACUGCAGGCUAUCAGUUUGUUGCUGUGUAGUUAGUAUGCAAUAGCAUCCCAGAUUCGUUUCAUAAUGACCUAACGAGGUGGGAAAGACAACAGUGUGAACUAUCAUGAUGCUCAAACCAUUGCAGUGUGAUUCUGACCUUGUGAUUUGGACAGUUAUCCUGCUGUAACAUGUUGUCACUCUCAGGAAAUACAUCAAGCAUUAAGUGACACUGAGGUUGCAAUAAUGUUUGUGUUCUCCACAUCUGUCAUGGUGCUUCCAAUUAUGACCAGCUGCUUCUUGGCGUCUCAUAUGAAUAUCCCCCAUAGCAUGACAUUGCCACCAUCUUUCUGCACCUGUUGUGUUGUGCAUGUGUUGAACGACUGUUCAUCUGGAUGAUGGUACAUCUGAGCACAACCAUUGACCUGGUCCACAAGAAAUGUCACUUAUCCCAACACGUGACACAUCUUUAUUGGUAUGCAGUCCAAUCUCAAUUAUCCCAUUCGUAUUACUACAGUAACUGACAAUGUUGUUAGAUCAACAUGGGAAUGCAAAGCUGUUAUAUACCUUGGGGCCUCAUGUUCAACAGUGUAUGCUGAAUAGCUUGAAACUCUUGUUCCUGCUCAAGCAUUUUCUUCUGUCGCCACAGAUUGCCAUCAAUCCCACUUUACAAAGCAGCUAGGUUCUGAUCUCCUUGUUCUAGGUAAUGCAUGGUAAUCCUACAACCUUUUGUCAACUUGUGGAUAUCCCAUCUUUCAAUGAUGUUCCGUAGAGGCUAAUGAUAGAAUCAUCUGAGCAGCCAACCAGAUUCACUGUUUCUUAGAUGCACUUACCCAGACACCAGGCAAAACCGUCUGCUCUUUGGCAAAGUUAUUUAUGCCAGUUUUUUACACAUACUGUAACUAGAAUGAUUACCCAUUCAUUGCUGGUUAUAUAGUUUCGUUACUACGUGACAUAAUCAAAAUGCCACUGGGUAGCACACACUCCUCCUAGUGAAGUGGGUAUAAUGAUUUGGAUCAACAGUGUAUCUUGACACAAAAGGAUCUUUUGGUACAUUGUGUAGUAAUUCAACUUUUCAUGCUUCGUUAAAUUUUAUGCCAAUACACUAUUGUCAGUUUAAGUGUCACAUUUCUUGUGAAAAAUAUUUGUAUUAACACUUCCUGUACAUAAUUCUGAUUAAAUGAAGAUUAAUUUUAUGCAUCAAAUCUUUCAAUUAUUUGUCUGUUUUUAAAUAUCAUGUAACUACUGUACAAACAUCAGUGGCAAAACUGUCAUCAUGUAGUGUCAGAUUAUAAUUCCAAUUGUUUGUAUAAACACGAGGACAGUUAAAAGAGCUCAGUGUGAUUACUAGAAUAUGAAUUUAAUCCAAAUGCAUAAUUUUUAUUGUAAUAAGUUCAUUUAUUAAA